GUAUUAACACAAAGGCGCAUUUCUUCAAGGCACUAGUACCUCCCACCAUUGUCAACUGAUUCUUGCUGAAAUCUGUUAAUUCUACUUUUUGAGCACUUAUGAAUAACCACAUAUCUUCAAAACCAUCAACCAUGAAGCUAAAACAGACCAUCAACCCCAUUCUUUUAUAUUUCAUACAUUUUAUAAUAUCACUCUAUACUAUUUUAACAUACAUUCCAUUUUAUUUUUUGUCUGAUUCAAGACAAGAAAAGUCAAACCAAAUUAAAGCAAAGCCUGUAAAUUCAAAACCUGAGUCUGCAUACAGAUCUGUUAAUAGUUUGGAUGGUUUGGCUUCAGUAUUAUAUCCUGGAUGUGAUACACUAGAUAAAAUUUUUAUGUAUGCAAAAAACAAAUUUAAGGACAAAAGACUCUUGGGAACACGUGAAAUUUUAAAUGAGGAAGAUGAAGUACAACCAAAUGGAAAAAUUUUUAAGAAGGUUAUUCUUGGACACUAUAAUUGGCUCUCCUUUGAAGAUGUCUUUGUUCGCGCCUUUAAUUUUGGAAAUGGCUUACAGAUGUUGGGUCAGAGACCAAAGACCAAUAUUGCCAUCUUCUGUGAGACCAGGGCUGAGUGGAUGAUUGCUGCACAGGCGUGUUUUAUGUAUAAUUUUCAGCUUGUUACAUUAUAUGCCACUCUAGGAGGUCCAGCAAUUGUUCAUGGAUUAAAUGAAACAGAGGUGACCAACAUCAUUACUAGUAAAGAACUUCUGCAUACAAAGUUGAAGGAUAUAGUUUCUUUGGUCCCACGCCUGCGGCACAUCAUCACUGUUGAUGGGAAGCCACCAACCUGGUCUGAAUUCCCCAAGGGCGUCAUUGUGCAUACCAUGGCUGCAGUGCAGGCUCUGGGAGCAAAGGCCAGUGUAGAAAACCAGCCUCAUAGCAAACCGUUGCCCUCAGAUAUUGCAGUAAUCAUGUAUACAAGUGGAUCAACAGGACUUCCAAAGGGAGUUAUGAUCUCACACAGUAACAUUAUUGCUGGUAUAACUGGGAUGGCAGAAAGGAUUCCGGGACUGGGAGAGGAAGAUGUGUACAUUGGGUAUUUGCCUUUGGCCCAUGUUCUAGAAUUAAGUGCUGAGCUUGUUUGUCUUUCUCAUGGAUGCCGAAUUGGCUACUCUUCACCACAGACUUUAGCAGAUCAGUCUUCAAAAAUAAAAAAAGGAAGCAAAGGGGAUACAUCCAUGUUGAAACCAACACUGAUGGCAGCUGUUCCGGAAAUCAUGGAUCGGAUAUACAAAAAUGUCAUGAUUAAAGUGAAUGAAAUGAGUAGUUUUCAACGCAAUUUGUUUAUUCUGGCCUAUAAUUACAAAAUGGAACAGAUUUCAAAAGGACGUAGUACCCCACUAUGUGACAGCUUUGUUUUUCGGAAAGUUCGAAGCUUGCUAGGUGGAAAUAUUCGUCUUCUAUUGUGUGGCGGUGCUCCACUUUCUGCAACCACGCAGCGAUUCAUGAAUAUCUGUUUUUGCUGUCCUGUUGGUCAGGGAUAUGGACUCACAGAAUCUGCUGGGGCUGGGACCAUUACAGAAGUGUGGGACUACAAUACUGGCAGAGUGGGAGCACCAUUAGUUUGCUGUGAAAUCAAAUUAAAGAACUGGGAGGAAGGUGGAUACUUUAAUACUGAUAAACCACACCCCAGGGGUGAAAUUCUUAUUGGUGGCCAAAAUGUGACGAUGGGAUACUAUAAAAAUGAAACAAAAACAAAUACUGAUUUCUUUGAAGAUGAAAACGGACAGAGGUGGCUUUGUACUGGAGAUAUUGGAGAGUUUGACCCUGAUGGUUGUUUAAAGAUUAUUGAUCGUAAAAAGGACCUUGUAAAACUGCAGGCAGGAGAAUAUGUUUCUCUUGGGAAAGUAGAGGCAGCUUUGAAGAAUCUUCCACUAAUAGAUAACAUUUGUGCAUAUGCAAACAGUUAUCAUUCUUAUGUCAUUGGAUUUGUUGUGCCAAAUCAAAAGGAACUAACAGAACUUGCUCGAAAGAAAGGACUUAAAGGGACUUGGGAGGAGCUAUGUAACAGUAGUGAAAUGGAAAACGAGGUACUUAAAGUGCUUUCUGAAGCUGCUAUUUCAGCAAGUCUGGAAAAGUUUGAAAUUCCAGUAAAAAUUCGUUUGAGCCCUGAACCGUGGACCCCUGAAACUGGUCUGGUGACAGAUGCCUUCAAGCUGAAACGCAAAGAGCUUAAAACACAUUACCAGGCGGACAUUGAGCGAAUGUAUGGAAGAAAAUAAUUAUUCUCUUCAGUUUGCUACAGUGAGCUCAGAUCAAAUAGGAAAAUACUUGAAAUGCAUGUCUCAAACUGUGAGGCAAACUUUAUUCUUCAUAUUAAACCUAAACUGUUCUCAUGACAUCACCAGUUUUAACUGACAGGAUUAGUAAAAUAUUAAGACAGAAAACUUGAGUCUGUCUCUUUCUUUUUCCCCUCUUCCAGUUUACUUUACCAUCUAUGACUGUACUUGUCAGUAUGAAAAUUUUUCUGAAUCAUAUUGGGGAAGCAGUGAUUUUAAAACCUCAAGUUUUUAAACAUGAUUUAUAUGUUCUGUAUAAUGUUCAGUUUGUAACUUUUUAAAGUUUGGAUGUAUAGAGGGAUAAAUAGGAAAUAUAAGAAUUGGUUAUUUGGGGGGCUUUUUUACUUAAUUGUAUUUAAAAAUACAAGGGUAUUAAUGUGAAAUUGUGUAAAUUUCAAAUGCUUAUGAAUCAAAUCAUUGUUGAACAAGAGAUUUGUUGCUGUGUAAUUAUUGUCUUGUAUGCAUUUGAGAGAAAUAAAUAUACCUAUACUUAUGUUCUAAGAAACUGA